AUGAACUGGACGGAAACUUAUAUCAAAUGUCCCGAGAUACAUUUCAACUUUUGGAAUUUAUCACUCGAAGCCCUUUGCCUUGCAGGAGUUUACAUGCAUUUUGUAUUCCCUUGGAACCGGUUCUGUGAGACUCAUAUCUAUCCGAGGCCGUAUGAACGGCCAUUUCACCAAUUCCUUUUCUACUGGUUUUCUCGUUUGAUUCCUGAAGCAUCACUGCUUCUCUCCGUCAUCUUUGCUCUGCUCACAUUAUGCAGACUGACAAAAAUUGGAAGAGGAGAAGGACUUGUUUCUGAGGAAGACAGGGAAUUGGCUGUGGUACUUGGAUUAACAAAUUCUAAAAUCAGAAGAUCUAUCCUUUGUAUGCUAAUGGUCUAUCUCACGUUUGUAAUUCUUUUUGCAACAGAGUAUACGUUUCGACCUGCAUCUUUGGAGAUGUUUUUAAAAAAGACAAUUCAACAAAGAAAUUCGAGAAAAUGGAAAAUCGACAUGCUGAAUGUGGUUUUCUUUUUGUCGCGAAUGAUUAUCUACAGAAUGUUUUGCGGGAAGGAUCAGAUGGUUGUGGAGUAUGCACCGAAUGCUUUAAUUUAUUUUUAG